AUGCUUGCCUCGCUGCUAUCCCCCACAUCUACCGCCAACAAUGCCCCAGAGUCAGGAAGGAUGUCCCAGCUGCUCCCCAGCGUCAAAUGCUCCACUUGUCACCAGCCAGUCCCUCUCUCAGAGCUCGGAGAACACACAUGUACCGCCCCGCCCCCAGUCCCAACCCUCCCAAAGCCCUCAAUCACACCAAUAGCUGCCACCGCCCUCCUCCCAGAACGUCUCCAAGGUCGAGUCGCUUCUCCUUCUGCGUCUUCACCACCUGCCGCGUUGUCGCCUCCGAGGAUGGAUUUCCCGCAACACCAGCGCAUGACUUCCUCCGCGAGCAGCAUUCGCCUCAGAAUAAACACCAGAAGUCCCAAUUCUCCGACGCAGCCCAGUUUCCAGAUGAAGCCCAGUCCGCUAUCGCGCACAGAGCCAGAGAGGUCGAACAUGAGCCCACCGCGUCCCAGGGAUAUCGGUCCAACAUCAUCCCCUCUCAACACGCGGCCGCCACCAGGCAAUCCCUUCCGUGCACGCACCCCAUCCAAUGCCGGCUCGACCCAUAACACACCUGCAACCGCUCGUCCACCGAUCUCCUUCAACCGCGACGCGACUCCAGUCCAAACCACCCCACCUCCCCUCAGGACCGGUUCCCCAUUUGUGAACAGUCCGAUACGAGGUCCAAGUCCGACAGGUCCCCUUCCCCCUCCGCCCGCGCAAGCCCUACCGCCGCCUCGUAGUGGUUCCCUUCCACCUGGCAGUGCUUUCCCUCCUCCGAAUCGUGGUCCUGGUUUCAAUGGUCCUCCACCUCCGGGUGCGAUGGGUAUGCCGCCUCGUCAAGGGAUACCAGGUAUGCCUCCGCCAAACGCAAUGGGUCCGAGAGUUAUGCGGCCACCAGCUGGAAGUAUCAGCAUGGGCCCAGCUGGCGGUCUUCCUCCCAAUAUCCGGCUGCCUCCUGCUGGGUCGCACCAGUCGUUCGUUCCUCCCGCCGAAAGAGGUAUCGAUACCAAAUCAGGUGGUGAAGCAGGGAUGGCAGGAGUGGGUAGAAGGGGCUUCGCAGCUGCCGCACGCGCCGCGAUGUUCGUGGCUCCAAGUGACAGACCUUUGGGCCCACAGCCGCAGUACAAUCGGAGACCCAAUGCCCCUCAGUUUCUUGACAUUGAUGCCGCAACUCGCUCUGCCAGCACCCCACCUUUAUCCGCAGGUUCUGGCUAUUCCUCACAUUCGCCUGGACCGACUUCUCCACUAGCACAAUCAGAGUUUGCACCACAGCCUACCAAGAUCCAAAGGACUCCAUCUCCGCCUGGCCCUUUUAUAUCAGCGUCAGCACAGCCGCUGCCCCCCAAACCGCCAUCACCGGCGCCACUCACAGCUGCAUCUAUAAACAUGUCUACGUCCUCUCCCAUCGUAAACCGCCUUCCUUUCUUCGAGAAAUUCAAGAACAAAAUACCCGGGAUCAGCCCUUCUGAACAGACGCCUCCUUCGAAUAUCUUAACCAACGACACUACUGCUACUGCUACUACUAAUAACGAUAUGGCAACAUCUAAUAUGACUCGGCCGCGCGCUGACACGUCAGCUUCGACGUCAUCUCGGGGACGGAGUGUGCCGCCUCCUCCUGAGCACUCGCGCACAAUGAGCUCCAGUACGACCGCCUCGCGACGGCUGAGAUCACAAUCGGCGACACGACGGCCUCCAUCGCCCAAUUACUCGGAAUCGGAAUACAGUGGACUCGCAUACGCGGACUCGACGGACUACGAAGACGACGCACCCCCGAAGAGACGCAAGGACUCGCCGCCCCCAGUUCCGCCGCUCAAAGAUGGCCUACCUGCCUCCAUCCUCCGCUCGGGGUCGAAUGCCUCUGGCACCAGCCGCAUACAGUUCGGUUCUGUAUCGGGGCGGUCGAACAGGAGCCUCGAACGACGAGACGACCGCACGGGCAUUCGGAUGGGACAUUCGCGUGAUGGGUCGGUGUCGUCGUACUCCUCGGUUUCGAGCGGUAGGGGUGAUGGUGGAAGAGAAGGAGGAGGGGCAGAUCUCGGCCGCUCGCGCUCAAACUCGUCAGCUAUUGCCCAGGCACUGGGGCUCUCGCAGGCCCUGCCGAGCGACUACUCGAGGCUCGGUGGACCCGGUGUGGUGGGUAGAGGAGCGAGGAGCGCCAGUGGGAGCAGCAGCGCCGGCCGGAGUGUGUAUUCGACAGGCAGAGGACCGGGUGGGCCUGGUGCUGUGUUGGAUGCUGACGAUGGGCGGCCAAAUGGCCUGGGGAAGAGCAACUCGACGGCAUCGGGCAAGCAGCGGGCGAUGGGCGACUCGGUCGACCUCCGAAGGAUGGACACAGUAUCGUCGAAGGCCUCCUCAUCCCGGCAACGACACGACUACGACCACGAGGAAGACGAGGACGGGUUCUUGCACCGGAGCAACACUGUGCAGGGCGUCGUCAACUCCCCAGACGUCAAGCCAAUCAAGCUGCCCAAGCUGCCUACGCGGUCGUUGACGAGUCCGCAAUUGGAGAGGGACAAGGCGCUCGGAGCGGAUGGGGCGAGGGUGAAGAAGGAGAGAGCGAAGAAGGUGAAGGUGUGCUUGAAGUGCCAGAAGACGAUCGAUAAUGGUCGUUGGGUGUCUGUGGAUAAUGGGGGCGUGCUGUGUGAGAAGUGCUGGAAGAACAUGUAUCUGCCCAAGUGUCGACGAUGCAAUUUGCCAAUUGAGAAGGCAGCUGUAUCGUCUUCGGAUGGGCAGCUUAAGGGCAAGUAUCAUCGAGACUGCUUUAACUGCCAUAUUUGCCACAAAUCAUUCCCUGAUAAAACAUUCUACGUAUACGACGGCAAGCCUCUAUGCGCCUACCACUACCACGAAGCAAACGACUCCCUCUGCGCCGCCGCACGAUGCGGGCAGCCUAUCGAGGGCCCGUGCGCCGUAUCACACACGGGCGACCGGUACCACCCCGAACACAUGACAUGCGAAUACCCAGGCUACCCCGAGUGCCGCGAACGACUGAACGAGUACUGGGAGGUCGACGGGCGGAUGCUGUGCGAGCGGCAUGCGCACAACGCGAGCAAGAACGGAAGCGACGAGGAGGCCGAUGAGCGGUGGGCAAUGAGCUCAAGAGCGAUGAAGCGCGUAACGCGGUUCAUUGACCUUGCCGGCACGGGUGGAUUUGGUGCGCCUGCUCCGGGUGGUGGAAGGCGAAAUAGCAUGGAAGAGAGCGGUUUGCUGUGA